AAUUAUUUAGAAACAUAGAGAAAGAAAUCGUCUGCUGUUUUGCUUAUCAAAACUUUGAUUUUUUAUACUGAAUAUAAAUUAAUUUCUUUUGCAACCAUUUAUAUUUAAAAGAUUAAAAUGUUGUCUAGAUAUUCUUUUAGUAUUAGACGACAUAUUCAGGCUAGAUUUCAAAGUACUCUCGUGAUUGCUGAGCAUAAUAAUGAGACUUUAACACCAAUAACACAAAGUUCAGUCACUGCAGCAAAACAAAUUGGAAGUGACGUCACAGUCCUUGUAGCUGGCACAAAAGUUCAAUCUGUGGCAUCUUCAGUUGCUAAACUUGAUGGAGUGAAGCGAGUUAUCGUAGCUGAAGGUGAUGCUUUCAAAGGUUUUCUUCCUGAAGCGUUGACACCACUCAUUCUUGCUGCUCAAAAGCAAUUUAAUUUCUCGCACAUCGUUGCUGGAGCAUCAGCACAGGGAAAAUCUCUUUUACCACGACUUGCUGCAAAAUUAGAUGUCAGUCCAAUUUCAGAAGUCAUCGGAAUCAAAGGACCUGACACAUUUGUUAGGACAAUUUACGCUGGUAAUGCUAUUUUGACAUUGAAAUCUCUCGACCCUGUAAAAGUGUUGACAGUUCGUGGAACAAACUUUGAAGCAACUACUGAUGGAUCAGCAGAAGCGCCUAUAGAAAAUGCUCCAUCUGGAGAAUUUAAAACAGAUUUAUCAGAGUUUGUAGGACAAGAACUGAGCAAAUCUGAUCGGCCUGAAUUAACUGCAGCUAAAUGUAUUGUGUCUGGUGGACGCGGUUUGAAAUCAGGCGACAACUUCAAGAUUCUUUACGAUCUUGCAGAUAAAUUAGGUGGAGCUGUCGGUGCAUCACGAGCUGCUGUUGAUGCUGGAUAUGUUUCCAACGAUCUUCAAAUUGGUCAAACUGGUAAAAUUGUUGCUCCAGAACUUUACAUCGCUGUCGGUAUCAGCGGUGCAAUUCAACAUUUAGCUGGCAUGAAAGAUUCAAAGACAAUUGUUGCCAUUAAUAAAGAUCCAGAAGCUCCAAUCUUCCAAGUUGCUGACCAUGGGCUUGUUGCUGAUUUGUUCAAAGCUGUACCUGAACUCACUGAGAAAAUCAAGUAAAAAAAUGUCUAAAAUCAAAUUUUUAACCUUCUGAACGAGAUAACAUUCGAGGAUCGUGUCAUCGCGCGAUUUCGAUUGACUCCCGCAAUCUAAUUUUUCUGUUAUCAUCUAUCCAAUGAAAGAAAAGUGAAUUUCCAUGAAUAAAAUGUUUAUUGUUUUAAAUAUUGAAAA